GCGCAUCAAAGGGACAUAAUAUAGCCUAUAAUAAUAAAACGUUUAUUGUAAUUUUGCAUUGAAAACAUGUCUGUUACAUUUUCAUCCGCCCGUCCUAGGGGGAAAGGAGAGGUCACUCAACAAACCAUACAAAAGAUGCUAGAUGAAAAUCAUCAUCUGAUACAGUGCAUUAUGGACUAUCAGAGCAAAGGAAAAACAGCAGAAUGUACACAGUAUCAGCAGAUACUACACAGAAAUUUGGUCUACCUAGCAACAAUAGCAGACUCUAAUCAGAAUAUGCAGUCUCUGUUACCAGCGCCUCCCAACCCCAAUAUAAACAUAGGUUCAAGUGGGCUGGGGCAGGGUGCUGGCUCUCAGUCUCUGCACUCUCAGACUAAUAUGAAUGAUAGUAUUGGCUCUGGCCUGCCGCCAACCUCACUAAUGCAGACCCAAAUAAGCAACGGCCCCAGCCAUGCCCCCAUGCAGCAGCAGCCCACUACAUCCAUGAGCCUGCCCGCCAGCAGCCAUGGCGCGGGGCCUGGGUACAGCCAUUCGUUGCCCUCUUCUCAGGGCACUCCACUCCAGGGUCAGGGGGGCUACUCGUCCUCGGCCUCUCGAGCCAACCUCAACAUGCAGUCCAGCCAAGUUUCUAUGAUGCAUCAGCAAGGCUCUGGACCGCAUUACUCAUCUAGCUCUGGUGGGGCUCAGCACUACCAGGGCCAGCAAACGGUUGGGAUGAUGGGACAAGGGAACCAGGGUGGUGGCAUAAUGCCACAAAGGCCCAUGGGAAGUUAUCGUGCCCCACAGCAAGGAUCUGCCCCGCAGUACAUGGGCCAGGACGAGUUCUACAGCGAGCCGUAUGGACACGCUCAAAGCUCCAGCGAGCCUGUUAGCCAGCAGUAUUACUCAGAUGGUCAUGGAGAAUAUUCAUAUCAGCAGUCUUCAUAUGGGGAACAGGGCUAUGAGAGAUCCUUUGACGAGUCCUCACAACACUAUUAUGAAGGCGGUGAGUCCAUUAAAGGAAACUCUCAAUACAGUCAACAGCAGUCACAGUACCAGCAGGGGUCCGGACAGCACCAGCCAUUCAGUCAACAGCAGUACCCUUCACAAGCAGGCUACAGUGCUCAGCCUCAAGGAUACGGCCCGGGGCAAAACUCCUCAUCUCAGUACUCUCAAUAUCAGCAAGGUCAGGGUCAGCAGUACACCUCAUACCGCUCCUCACAACCGGGACCCGCCACUCAGUCACAGAGAUCCUACACCUUUGAACAGGGUCAGUAUGGAAACUAUCAGCAAUAAAGCAGCUAUGGAAAGGUGGAAAUAAAUAAUGAUGCUUGCUUUUGGAUGUCAUUAAUCUACAACCCUAAUUAUACUGAAGAACAGGAAAAUGGAGGCUUCUGUGUCAGUCCCUGACCACAGCCACUGAGUCAAACGCUAUAUAAUACAUUUUAAGAGUGAUAUAUUACAGUAUCUGUUUAUAAACAUCUUGGUGGAAAGGACAAGUAAAAUAUAAUGGCAGAUAAAAAUAUAAUGGCAGAUAGAAGGGUCUGUAGUUUUAAAUUCAAUCCUUCUUUUAUCAAGUAGGAUGGGCCAUUUAUACCUGUGGAUUGUAGCCUCAGUACAGAUACAUUUGCUUUUUUCUGGAAAUAUUUAUUUAUUUUGCACUUUAAGUUUUACUGAUGACUGACUGAAUAAAUAUUAUUCAGAUUGCACAACUCUUUCACAGCAUAUCUUUUCUUUUUUAUUAUUAUUUACUACUGUAAACAAUUUUAAAAUUGAUGGGGACACGGACUUGCAGGUCUUGGCCCUGUUAAAAAAUGGCCAAAUUUGAAAACCUACAAAUUUUAUAUGUUGAAUACAGUACUAUAGAUUUAUUUAUUAGAAUCAUUAUACACUGGCGGUCUGGUGAAAAGUUUGGAAUAAUGUACAGAUUUUGCUCUUAUGGAAAGAAAAUGGCACUUUUAUUCACCAAAGUGGCAUUCAACGUAUCACAAUGUAUAGUCAGGAUGUUAAUAAUGUGAAAAAUUACUAUUACAAUUUGAAAAAAAAUUCAGAACUUAAACUGCUUCAAAGUGUUCUCAUCCAAAAAUCCUCAUUGUGCAGCAAUGACUGCUUUGCAGGUCCAUGACAUUCUAGCUGUCAGUUUGUCCAGAUACUCGGGUGACAUUUCACCCCACGCUUCCUGUAGCACUUGCCAUAGAUGUGUCUUUUCUGGCACUUCUCGCGCACCUUAUAGUCUAGCUGAUCCCACAAAAGCUCAAUAGGGUUCAUAAGAUCCAUAUCACUCUUUUCCAAUUAUCUGUUGUCCAAUGUCUGUGUUUCUUUACUCUAAUCUUUUGUUUUUCUGUUUCAAAAGUGACUUUUUGUUUGCAAUUCUUCCCGUAAGGCCUGCACCCCUUAGACUUCUCUUUACUGUUGUAAAUGAAACUGGUGUUGAUUUCUCAAACUAGAGUCUCUGAUGUACUUAUCCUCUUGUUUAGUUGUACAUCUGGUCCUCCACAUCUCUUUCUGUCCUUGUUAGAGUCAGUUGUCCUUUGUCUUUGAAGACAGUAGUGUACACCUUUGUAUGAAAUCUUCAGUUUUUUUUUUCAAUUUCAAGCAUUGUUCAUUCCUCAAAACAAUAAUUGACUGACGAGAUUCUAGAGAAAGCCGUUUCUUUUUUGCCAUUUAUUUUUAACCUAAUAUUGACCUUAAGACAUUUCCUUCUGAAAAAGCUAAAUCUGUACAUUAUUACUGCCAGUCUACAUGUUUGUUUCUUUUAGUAGAACAAAGUUCUUUAACAGUCUUAAAGUUUGAAGUGUCCUUGUGAUGUGUUUCAUUAUAUUUUAGGGGACUGAGUGUUGUUUUGAAUGUGGAAUUAAAGAAAAUUUCUUGCCUUAUUGUUACUAUGACACUGUUUAAUAUGAACAAAUGUUAAGGUUAUUUCUAAACUCAAACUUAAAACUUAUUUAUGGUGGUAUAAAGAUAGAUUCACCCCUAAGGGGACAGCACACCACAAACAUGUGACAAAUGGACUUUAACGAUCAAUUUUACUGGCUGUCAAACAGCUUUUAUUCCACAUUACACUAAUCUGUGACAAUCGUGGAAUAUGUGUUUAUUAGUCAUCAUUUAUCUGUGAUUUGAUUAUUGGUAGUAUAGUGUAUUCUGCCGUUAGAUCAUCAUGUUAAUAUGAUUGUACUGAUGUGUGAUCAUUUGACCAAUUUGUCUCCAUCUUAAAUGUUUUGCAUUGCUUGUGAUAUAUGAACACAUUUUUGUAAUUGAUAAAUAUGAAAA